AUGUCCGCGAUCUUUGGACCGAGCGACUCGUCUGACGAAUCCUCGUCUCACGCAAGUCCAUCUGACACUAGGACGCGUGGUGAUAGUGGUAGUGCACCUAUGCAUCGCCACGAAAGAAGCAACUUGAAAAAUCGAGUUGCCACUGGUGUCAGUGCUCGUGGUGCCACCACUCAAGAGGCCGGGGACCGCAACGUCCUGCGCCUUUUACCUCAAGUGGAGUCUCCUUAG